AUGGCUCGAGACAAUCGCCCAAGAUCAUGUUAUUCUGACGUUCUUCAACGAACUGCUCUUGUGAAUCCCCAAACGCUGCUGGAGUAUCUCCUAACAUACUACCCAGUCUGGCUUAUGUUGCUGUUCGUCCUAGUCUAUGUGACUAGAGUGGCCGUCAAGAGCAAGCUCGACCAAAAAGGUUCACAGAACAACGGUGGCCAGGUUGCCAGCCGGAUCCGGAUUUCGAUGACUUUCAGCCAGAUUAAACCAUUCUCCGAUACCGUCAAGCACUGCUUUGAAUGGCUCUCUGCUGGUGUCCUCGUGACGUUCUUUGUUGAUGCCACAAUUUAUGUCACCCAUGUGUUACUGGCCCGUGCCGAGUAUCGGUGGCGCGGGCAGUCCGUGGUGAUUUAUAUCACCGGCUCUAUCUUUGCCUACGCAGUCAUUCUAGUCAGCAUAGUCGAAACCACCCCUUCCCCAACGGCCACUCACCUCACAUGUUGGUCUUUCGCCGUUCUUGUCGAGCUCGUCAUUUUUGCCACAACCCUCUCGCUGACCACCUCUGUCUAUCAUAAGCCAGUACUCGGUAGCCCCAGUGGAGGCCCGAUACGCCAAGGGAUCACUUUUUGGGAGUGCACGGAACUAGUCCCCAGUGGUCUCCGUAUCUUGAUUCUGUUUACUCUUGUUCUACUCUACACCACCAAGUCCCGUGCUCCUAUAGGCCAUGAUGAGAACUUGGAGGGGGAGCCAGGCCAUAUCACUGGGGCAACUGGACUGCUGAGGUCUCUGCGCACAUCGGGCUGUCCUAGUAAUCAUCAGGCCUAUGGUUCAACAAAUGGAGCUGCGAGACUAGCAGAGCCCAAAGCACCAGGAUCUUGGGCUCGACCAGAGGAGUUGCCACCAUUGAGCUUCCUCGCCUAUCUAGGUGGUUUCUUACGGUUCUUUCCUUACAUGUGGCCAUCCAAGUCCCCACGCUUACAGGUUAUAGCUGUGGCAUGCUUCGUUCUUGUCAUGCUUCAGCAAAUUGUCAAUGUGAUUCCUCCCGCUCAGAUUGGGGUGAUAACCACGGUUCUGGCAGAUCAGCAAGCCGGAAAUACAUUUUACACGCCAUGGUUCGAGAUAGUCAUGUAUGUUUUCUGCCUGUGGCUACAGGCAGUUUUGGGCUCUCUACGCACUGGCCUAUGGAUUCCGAUGGGCCAGUACUCUUACUUGGAACUUUCUGUUGCUGUCUUCGAACAUUUUCACAGCCUUAGCUUGGACUUCCACGUAGAAAAGCAGACGGGUGAACUCCUGUCAGCUCUGAGCAAAGGCAAAUCGGUCAAUUCAUUCCUAGAGCAAGUCACCUUCGAGUUUCUUCCUACAUUAGCUGACCUACUCAUUGCAAUUGGGUACUUUCUGAUUAUAUUUGAUGUCUACUAUGCUCUUGUGGUUGGAAUUUCGGCAUUUAUUUAUCUAUAUCUCACGAUUCGCAUGGCCCAGUGGAGGGCGAAGACCAGAAGACAGAUGGCCAAUGCUUCGAGACACGAAGAUGCUGUGAAAAAUGAAUCAAUGAUGUCUUAUGAAACGGUAAAAUAUUUCAAUGCGGAGCAACACGAGUUUGACCGCUACCGCUAUGCUGUGUGCGAUUACCAAAUUACUGAGUACUACUCAUUCCUCUGCGGAGCCAUGAUGAGCACCAUUCAAAACACUGUCUUGAUGAUCUCUUUGUUAUUCACAUGCUUCAUCGCUGUAUACCAGGUCUCAACUCUGCAGCAGCCUGUGGGCCGAUUUGUGACAUUGUUAAUGUACAUGAAACAGCUGCAAGGCCCGUUGAGCUCCUUCGGUGCGUUCUAUGUUUCUAUACAAUCUGCUUUGAUCAAUGCUGAGCGCAUGUUGGAGCUUUUCAGCGAGCAGCCGACAGUCACUGAUAUCCCUUGUGCUACCCCACUGGCCACUUGUAAGGGAAAGAUCGAGUUUCGGGAUGUUGGCUUCUCAUAUGAUGAACGGAAGUCUGUAUUGGAUGGUCUUUCGUUUACUUGUCAACCCGGAUCCACUACGGCCGUGGUUGGAGAGUCCGGUGGGGGCAACUCCACGCUUUUCCGUCUCCUCUUCCGAUACUACAACUCUAAGAAUGGCAAGAUCUUCGUCGACGGACAAGACGUGAAGAAAAUUACUAUUGACUCUCUUCGAAGACAUAUCGGUGUUGUGCCGCAGGAGACGAGACUUUUUAACGAAACCUUGAUGUACAACCUCAAGUACGCGAAACCCGAUGCCUGUGAUGAAGACGUCCGCCGGGCCUGUCGCAUGGCCAACAUUCACACCAAAAUUGAGAGCUUCCCAGAUGGCUAUAAUACGAAGGUUGGAGAGCGCGGACUACGUCUAAGCGGCGGCGAAAAACAGCGUGUGGCAAUCGCUCGUACCAUUCUCAAGAAUCCUCAAAUCAUACUGCUAGAUGAAGCGACUUCCGCGCUCGACACCCAAACUGAAGAAUACGUCCAAGAAUCCCUAGCAGCUCUGUCCAGGGGCCGUACUACGAUCAUUAUUGCCCAUCGACUGAGCACCAUUAGGUCAGCAAACCGCAUUCUGUUUCUAGAAAACGGCAUGGUAGUCGAGAGUGGCACCCAUGAGGAAUUGGUGAAUAUGAAAGGCCGUUAUGCCGGCAUGUGGCGAAAGCAAAAUGGUGAGGAGAAACUUUAA